AUCAAAUUUGAUAUUUAACAAUAUCAAAUCAAGCAUUAUCAAAAAGGAGGUUGUUGUGAUUGUUACUACCACUAGCGUGAACAAUGUCUCGUAUAAUAAAGCCAUUCCAACUUCUAGAAUUAAAUAUCAUAUCCGGUCAGGACUUGGAACUGGUGUCAAAGAACAUGCGAACAUAUGCAACCGCAUGGGUACACCCAAAGCGCAAGCUCUCGACGAGCGUGGACACACAAGGCAACAACAACCCCACGUGGAACGAUAAGUUCGUGUUCCGUGUCGAUGACGAGUUCCUCCGCCGCGACACCUCGGCGGUUAUGAUCGAGAUCUAUGCUGUUCAUUGGUUCCGAGACACCCUCGUGGGCACGGUACGUGUCCUCGUAGAUAAUCUUAUUCCGUCUGCAUCUCGGCCUACCCACCACCACCAUCACCACGUCGGGAUGCGCUUUGCCGCCCUCCAGGUCCGUCGUCCAUCUGGUCGUCCCCAAGGGAUACUCAACAUUGGCGUGACUGUCCUUGAUAGUUCCAUGCGUAGCAUGCCGUUAUAUACCCAGCUUUCUGCAUCAGCAGUUGGAUACCGUGAUUUGAUGGAAGAUGACUCGCACAAUCAAGGUAAUAAUAAUAAUAAUCAUACCAGUACUAAUGUACCCGUGAUCAAACCUAUAUUGCGUCGUUCACGAAGCGAACGUAGCGAACGCAUUACCUUUGAUGAUUUGUCAACGACCAAUGGGUCCAUUGUUGGGGUCCCAGAAAAGAAGGGAAAGGCUAGUUCAUUGCUCAGUGCUUCGGAGCUCUCCACCAAGAGCAAGAAAGGGAAGGCAAGUUCAGUGAUUAGUGGGGCAGAAUUCAAAGAGCAACCGAAAGAGAAAGGCAAGAAAGGGAAAGCAAGUUCACUAAUCAAUGGUUCAAUUGUGAGCAAGGACUCGUUCAAACCAAAGGCCAAAAAUGAAAAAGAAAAGCGUCCCAGUUUAGAUUCACCCAAAGAUAAGGUACCCAAUGAGAAGGUUAGUGACCCAAUUACAACUAAUAAGCAAAAUGUAGAUAAAUCUCCAACAAAGAAUAGUGGGUUAGGGGUUGGAUCAACAACCACCAAAGAGAAACCUAUUUCAAAGUUUGAGUUUGGGGGACCAAAAGGAUCAUCUAUAGUGAAUGGCAAGUACAUAUAUAAAGGAGCACCACACAAAGCUCAUUCUUUCUGGUCCGACUCAGAGGUCGGCCCGUCACCAUCAGAAGUAGCUGCGGCGGUGGCAAGGGAAAGGGAAUGGGAAAGGUACCCUUUAGAUGACAAUGAGAGCUCGGUGUUGGAUGGAUGGAGCAUAGAUGAAAGUGUGGAAGGGCUAAGAUCAAAGCUCGAGAGGUGGCGGACGGAGCUCCCUCCUUUGUAUGACCGAGGAGGGUUCGGAGGAAGUAGUUACAGAUCGACCAGUCAACACAUACGUCGGCACACUGACGAUGGUAGUAGUGGAUUGUUCUCUUGCUUUGGCAACAUAUAUGGGUAUGAGUGCCAAUGCAUUUGUGGGAAGCCGGUAGGUCCUUUCUUUGAACUGUGA